CGGAGGCGCGGGCGGCGCGGCCAGGACUUUGGCUUUGACACGGACGGCGAGCUGGAGCUGUGGCUCUGGUGCUGGGCACCGACGCGAUCCUGGCGGAUCCCGCGUCCGAGCCGGGCGCAGGACUUUUCGCCUAGAUCAACGCAACUGCGGCGACGCUGCAAGUCCUGGUGCAGCCUCAAGACUUGGUGCAGCCACGGCGGCCGGAUUUCGCCGCCGCUGCCGCCUCCGCGCAGCCCUGCAGCUCUUGCCGGCUCCGGGAGAGCGACUCUGAGAGUUUCUCCCGCAGAAAGAGCCGGGACGCGCGGCCCGAUGCGGCCCAGCCACUGACCCACACACGCGCGGGCACCAGGAUUGGAGGCAGGGGGCCCGCGCAGUCCUGGGUUGGGCUCAGGCUUCCGAGCCGCAGGCGGCCAAGUGAAAGGUACUUUUGGACACCCUGGGCAUGGAGAUUUAGUGUUUGUCUUUGGUAACCGUUUCAUUCCCUGCAUCCUGAACCUUCCCUCCUUCUGUGCCAGUAAGGUUGUUGGGCUUCCUCCCUAGCCAGAGAGUUCUUCUGCGGGGGUGAGGCCUUCCCAGGCCACUGACCCUGGCCGGCAUGGGGAGCACGCUGGGCUGCCACCGCUCCAUACCGCGGGACCCCUCGGACCUGUCCCAUAACCGCAAGUUCAGCGCCGCCUGCAACUUCAGCAACAUCCUGGUCAAUCAGGAGCGGCUCAACAUCAACACGGCCACGGAGGAGGAGCUGAUGACCCUGCCUGGCGUGACCCGUGCGGUGGCUCGCAGCAUCGUGGAGUACCGCGAGUACAUCGGUGGCUUCAAAAAGGUGGAGGACCUGGCGCUGGUCAGCGGCGUGGGUGCCACCAAACUGGAGCAGGUCAAGUUUGAGAUCUGCGUGAGCAGCAAGGGCAGCUCUGCGCAGCACUCUCCCAGCUCCCUGCGGCGGGACCUGUUGGUGGAGCAGCAGCCUCACCACCUUGCCACGGCCGUGCCCCUAACCCCGCGUGUCAACAUCAACACGGCCACCCUGGCUCAGCUGAUGAGCAUUCGCGGCCUCACGGAGAAGAUGGCUGUCAGCAUCGUGGACUACCGCCGCGAGCAUGGGCCCUUCCGCAGUGUGGAGGACCUGGUGAGGAUGGGCGGUAUCAAUGCUGCCUUCCUCGACAGGAUCCGGCAUCAGGUGUUUGCAGAGAGGUCCAGGCCCCCGUCUACCCACACCAAUGGAGGCCUGACCUUCACCGCCAAGCCUCACCCCAGCCCUACCUCGCUAAGCCUGCAGAGUGAGGACCUGGACCUGCCACCAGGGGGGCCCACCCAGAUCAUCUCCACCCGCCCUUCCGUGGAGGCCUUCGCAGGCACAAGGGAUGGGCGGCCAGUGCUGAGGCUGGCCACCUGGAACCUGCAGGGCUGCUCAGUGGAGAAGGCCAACAACCCUGGGGUGCGAGAAGUGGUGUGCAUGACACUCUUGGAAAACAGCAUCAAGCUUCUAGCUGUGCAGGAACUACUUGACAGAGAGGCCCUGGAAAAGUUCUGUACGGAGCUAAACCAGCCUAUCCUGCCCAACAUCCGCAAGUGGAAGGGGCCUCGGGGAUGCUGGAAGGCCGUUGUUGCUGAGAUGCCCUCCACUCAGCUCCAGAAGGGGGCCGGGUUCUCUGGAUUCCUGUGGGAUGCUGCAGCCGGGGUAGAGCUGAGAGAUGCUACCUCGCAGGAAAAUUCGCCUGGUAAUGGGCACGGGAAGCCGAUGGGGCCCAGCCUGUACCUUGCGCGGUUCAAGGUGGGAAGUAAUGACUUGACCCUUGUGAACCUUCACCUGGCGGCCUUGACCCUCCCAGGGGGCGAGAAUCCUAGCAGGAAUCACAGUGACAGCCACCGUUUGGCUGGCUUUGUACAGACCUUGCAGGAAACCCUGAAAGGAGAAAAAGACAUGAUUUUUUUAGGGGAUUUUGGCCAGGGUCCUGACAGCAGUGACUAUGAUAUCUUGAGGAAAGAAAAAUUCUACCACCUGGUCCCUGCGCACACCUUCACCAACAUCAGCACCAAGAAUCCCCAAGGCUCAAAGUCUCUGGACAACAUCUGGAUCAGUAAAAGCUUAAAGAAGGUUUUCACAGGUCACUGGGCCGUAGUGAGAGAAGGCCUCACGAACCCUUGGAUUCCAGAUAACUGGUCCUGGGGCGGAGUGGCUUCUGAGCACUGCCCCGUGCUGGCUGAGUUGUACACCGAAAAGGAUUGGAACAAGAAGGAAGGCCCUCGGAAUGGCAACGGGGUCCCCUUGGAGCGAAGUGAAGCCCACAUUAAGCUCGAGCGAUGAUGGUGCCCAGUCUGUCUCUCCCCCUCUGAGCCUGGAGGGCCCCAGGCGAGGGAGUUCACCCUUCUAGGUGAAGACGCAGAGCCAGAACUGCGGUUUUGGUUUUCAGCCUGACACUAGCCCCUGGGCCUCGACCUGCCUGCCUUCUCUGUGGACGUUCUUGGUCCAUCAGAAGCACAGUGGGGAACCGAGAUGUCUUGUAAUCUGGGGAUGCCGUCCCCCUCUGCAUACGCGGGCCAGCUGCUGCCCUUGGGUGGCAGCGUGCACAGAACCCUAAUGGGGCUGACCGGGCAAGAGAGGGCGGUCUCAGGCCGCCAGGCCGGGUCU